GCGCGCCAGUUACACCCAAGAGUACUUUUCGCGCCAGGAGAGUGGUGCUGCCUUUUCCCGCGUGGGGAGGAGCGCGAGCGCACUGGGGAGGGAGUCUCCCCGGCCGUCAGUUGGGAGGCACUGCGUAUGGGCUAGAGGCGGCUGGCGAGUUGGCGCCUCCUGAAGCAGAUUCUGACGCUUAAGUCGAGGUUUCGCGCCGUGCGUGAAUGUAUCUCUAUUCAUGUUGGUCAGGCUGGUGUUCAGAUAGGCAAUGCAUGCUGGGAAUUAUAUUGUCUUGAACAUGGAAUCCAGCCUGAUGGUCAGAUGCCCAGUGACAAAACCAUUGGAGGUGGAGAUGAUUCAUUCAAUACUUUCUUCAGUGAGACAGGGGCUGGUAAACAUGUGCCCAGAGCUGUAUUUGUGGACCUUGAACCAACUGUGGUUGAUGAAGUACGUACAGGCACUUACAGGCAACUAUUCCAUCCUGAACAGCUCAUUACUGGGAAAGAAGAUGCAGCCAAUAAUUAUGCCAGAGGCCAUUACACUAUUGGAAAAGAGAUUGUUGAUCUAGUGCUAGAUCGCAUUCGCAAGCUGGCUGAUCUGUGCACAGGGCUGCAGGGAUUUCUCAUCUUCCAUAGUUUUGGAGGAGGCACUGGUUCUGGAUUUGCAUCUCUACUCAUGGAAAGGCUUUCUGUUGAUUAUGGCAAAAAGUCCAAACUAGAGUUUGCAAUUUACCCAGCACCACAGGUUUCUACUGCAGUAGUGGAACCCUACAAUUCCAUCCUAACUACACAUACAACAUUGGAGCAUUCUGACUGUGCCUUCAUGGUAGACAAUGAAGCCAUUUAUGACAUAUGUCGUCGUAAUCUUGACAUUGAGCGUCCUACUUAUACCAACCUAAAUAGACUCAUAGGGCAAAUUGUUUCAUCUAUCACAGCUUCACUGCGUUUUGAUGGAGCCCUCAAUGUAGAUCUGACUGAGUUCCAGACCAAUCUUGUGCCAUACCCAAGGAUCCAUUUCCCACUGGCAACAUAUGCACCUGUCAUCUCUGCUGAAAAAGCAUACCAUGAGCAGUUGUCAGUGGCUGAAAUUACCAAUGCUUGUUUUGAGCCAGCCAACCAGAUGGUAAAAUGUGACCCUCGCCAUGGAAAGUAUAUGGCCUGCUGUAUGCUAUACAGGGGUGAUGUUGUCCCCAAAGAUGUUAACGCAGCAAUUGCCACUAUCAAAACUAAGCGAACCAUUCAGUUUGUGGAUUGGUGUCCAACUGGUUUCAAGGUGGGAAUUAACUAUCAACCUCCAACUGUAGUGCCAGGAGGUGAUUUGGCCAAGGUGCAGCGUGCUGUAUGUAUGUUGAGUAAUACAACUGCUAUUGCAGAAGCUUGGGCUCGUCUUGACCAUAAAUUUGAUUUGAUGUAUGCUAAGCGUGCCUUUGUACAUUGGUAUGUUGGAGAAGGGAUGGAGGAAGGAGAGUUUUCCGAAGCCCGGGAAGAUUUGGCUGCGCUUGAGAAAGAUUAUGAAGAAGUGGGUGUUGAUUCUGUGGAAGCAGAAGCUGAAGAAGGGGAAGAAUAUUAAAAGAUAGGCUAAAAGUCAGAAAAUGUCUUACAAUAUGGAUUUUUUCUUAAUUCAGUUCACUUGUUUGGUUUUCAAAUAAAAGUUUGAAUGUUGUAAUAGUA